AUGUUGAUAACCACUCGGAGUUACCCAAUCCUCCGAGGACGGCUACCUCACAAAUUCCACAUAAGACACCUCUCAGCUCGUGCCACUCGUGUCCUCUCCGCACUCAAUCUCCCGGUGGACGGAUCCCGCCUGCGUGGGGUAUACGACAACCAGUGGCGUGGUAGUGGUCCCGAAGUCAUUUCUAGAUGUCCAUCAACAGGAGAGAUCCUCGGGCGUGUCACGACCGCUACCGAGGUAGAAACGCGGAAUGCGUUGGCCAGGACCAAAGAAGCCUCUUUGGCCAUACGAAAGAUGCCUGGACCAAAAAGAGGAGAAGUCAUACGACAAAUGAGGGAAGUGUUGGCCGAUAAAGUAGGAGAACUAGGAGAUUUGGUCAGUUUGGAAAUGGGCAAAAUCAAGUCGGAAGGUAGAGGUGAAGUACAAGAGUUUGUUGAUAUUUGUGAUUAUGCUACUGGAUUGUCCAGAUCAAUGUCGGGUCGAGUGCUUUCUUCUGAACGACCAGAACAUGUCAUCUACGAAAUACCUAAUCCUUUGGGAGUAGUGGGCAUUAUCUCAGCUUUCAACUUUCCGGUGGCAGUAUAUGGCUGGAAUUUGGCCAUCGCUCUCGCUACGGGAAACUCGACAAUCUGGAAACCAUCCAUCACCACGCCUCUGACCUCUGUGGCAGUGACAAAACUUCUUGAACCCGUGAUCGAAGCAAAUGGACUGCCCGGGGCAACGAUCUCGCUCAUUACGGGCGGAGUAGAGACUGGCAAACAACUUGUCUCCAGUCCUCUCGUUGAUCUUGUGAGUUUCACAGGAAGCGAGAGUGUAGGCCGUCAAGUGGGCCAAGAGGUCCAAGGAAGAUUUGGUAAAUCCAUACUGGAGCUGGGAGGGAAUAACGCCGUCGUUGUGAUGGACGAUGCCGACCUUCAAUUAGUUUUACGAGCAGUACUCUUUGCAGCUGUCGGUACGACGGGACAAAGAUGUACUUCAACACGUAGACUCAUCCUCCAUCGUUCGAUCUCCCAGAAAUUCUUAUCGAUCCUAUUACCGCUAUAUGAUUCAUUAACCAUAGGUGACCCUCUCGAUCCUAAAACUCUAGUGGGACCAUUACAUACUCCGGGUUCUGUCGAAAUGUACGAACGUACCCUGUCCGGUAUACUGGACAGAGGUGGGGAAAUGUUGACUCCUCGGAGUGGUCGAAUGCAUGAGGGACUGUGGGAAGAAGGAAAGGGUGGGAACUGGGUUUAUCCAGUGGUGAUCAGACCCAAGAAAGAUGAUCCAUGUUGGUCACAAGAGACUUUUGCACCGAUUCUAUAUGUGAACGAGUUUGAUACGUUGGAAGAAGCCAUCGAGAUCAAUAAUUCUGUACCUCAGGGAUUGUCCAGUAGUCUUUUCACGAAUAAUUUACAAAGUAUGGGUCGAUGGUUGGGUCCAGAAGGAAGUGAUUGUGGUUUGGUCAAUAUCAACACGGGUACUUCUGGAGCUGAAAUUUCUGCUGCUUUUGGAGGAAACAAAUCCACUGGAUGGGGUAGAGAAUCCGGCGGUGAUGCUUGGAAACAAUAUGUUAGCUGGUCAUCUGUAUGUUCAUUCAACGUUUUCGCUUCUGUGAAUUAUUCCAAUUCUUUACCUCUGGCUCAAGGUGUCAACUUUGAAGUUUUGUGA